UGACUACCCUGGUAUGGCCAAUGGAAGUCUAGCAGUGAGUAUAAAACUGCUGUCCUUGGAACAAGUGCCUUGGGUCACCCAUUUGCCUGUGGUCUGAGAAGACAUAGGGUCUCUCCCUGUGGGGCUGUUUCGUCUUUCUCCCUUUCAGUACUUGUGAAAUCUGCAAUCAUGCCUUUCGGUAACACCCACAACAAGUUCAAGAUGAACUAUUCUGCUGAGGAAGAAUUUCCAGACCUCAGCCAACACAAUAACCACAUGGCUAAGGCUCUCACUCUAGACAUUUACAAGAGACUGAGAGAUAAGGAAACUCCCAGCGGUUUCACUCUUGAUGAUAUCAUCCAGACAGGUGUUGACAACCCAGGUCAUCCAUUCAUCAUGACUGUGGGUUGCGUUGCUGGUGACGAGGAGUCAUAUGAAGUCUUCAAGGAUCUGCUGGACCCUGUCAUUGAAGACCGCCAUGGUGGUUAUAAAGCCACAGACAAGCACAGGACUGACUUGAACCCAGCCAAUCUAAAGGGUGGCGAUGAUCUGGACCCCAAUUAUGUCAUCAGUAGCCGUGUCCGCACUGGCCGCAGCAUUAAGGGAUACACUCUGCCUCCACACUGCAGCCGUGGUGAGCGUCGUGCCAUUGAGAAACUGUCGAUUCAGGCUUUGGACAGCCUGAGUGGAGAUCUGAAGGGUAAAUACUACCCCCUCAAAGGCAUGAGUGAUGCAGAACAACAGCAACUUAUUGAUGACCACUUCCUGUUUGAUAAACCUGUCUCUCCCUUGCUGCUGGCUUCUGGAAUGGCUCGCGAUUGGCCUGAUGCUAGAGGAAUCUGGCACAAUGACAACAAGACCUUCUUGGUCUGGGUGAAUGAAGAGGACCAUCUCCGUGUGAUCUCUAUGCAGAAGGGUGGUAACAUGAAGGAAGUGUUUACUCGCUUCUGUGUUGGCCUGCAGCAGAUUGAAGAGAUCUUCAAGAAGGCUGGACAUGGUUUCAUGUGGAAUGAACAUCUCGGCUACAUCCUGACCUGUCCCUCUAACUUGGGUACAGGUCUGCGUGGCGGUGUCCAUGUGAAGAUCCCCCACCUCUGCAAACAUGAGAAGUUUGCCGAAAUCGUCAAGAGGCUGCGUCUGCAGACACGUGGCACAGGUGGUGUAGACACUGGUGCUGUUGGUGGCGUUUAUGACAUCUCUAAUGCUGAUCGACUGGGGUCCUCAGAGGUAGAGCAGGUCCAACUGGUCGUUGACGGAGUGAAACUUAUUAUUGAGAUGGAGAAACGUCUGGAACAGGGCAAGAGCAUUGAUGAUCUAAUCCCAGCUCAGAAGUAAACACAAAAACACCUGUGUAAAGACUCUGUUUUUUUUUUUGUAUACUCUCCUCAAAUCAUCAAAGAGGAAGAGGGGCUGUGAAACUGGAAAUAAUCUCUAUUUUAUUCCUGACUGAAUGUUUAACAUCUUGAAAUUCUGCUGAGUGGAUACUGACUCAACCUUACAAGCAAUCAGUUAUUUAAUUGAAUGUUGGUUAAUAUAAUUCAUAAAGGGAGAAAAUAAAACAUACACCUGGCCCCAAAA